GCCGUUUCCUGUCAGGAAAAAUAUUUUUACUGUUUACACACGUGUAUAUGACAGCUCUAUACAAAAAUAACCAAAAUAUUUGAAAGUAUACGUAAUUUUGUUGCAGAUCAUCGCAGUAAAGUUCUGUGUUGAGAGUUUCAAGAGGCUAAGAAGAAGCUUAAAUUUGACAACAAUUAAUUUUACGGUAUUAAAAUGUCAUCAGACAGCGAACCCUCCGACACAGAAAAUGAAGUUAAUAGGUUAGGGGACUGUGAAGUUUGUGGGGUAAAUAAGGCUAUAUACACAUGUCCAAAAUGUGAGGUCAAAACUUGUUCACUAAGUUGUGUGAGAAUACAUAAGAAGGAGUUGGAAUGCGACGGCAUACGAGACCGCACCAAGUUCAUAAGGAUGAAGGAUUUCAAUGAUACAGAUCUGUUGAGUGACUACCGAAUGUUGGAGGAGUGUGCACGGUUUGUCUGGAGUGUCAAAAGGAAUGAGAACAAGAAGUACACUAGGAUUGAUAAGGACUUGCCAAUACAUUUAUUCAAACUAAAAAUGGCAGCAAGACAAAGAGGAAUCGUCCUUCAGUUCCUUGCACAAAACUUCACAAGACACAAAAUGAACACAACUAGAUAUAAUUACAAAAAUAGGAUAAUAAGCUGGCGAGUGGAGUGGGUGUUCCCUAAUGUGGAGAAGGGUCCAUUGAAAUUUGUGGACGAAAAGUGUCCAGAACAUACAAGGUUGUCUGAGCUCUUGGAUAAGUACUUGAACCCUGACGGGGUGUCUUUUGAGGGAUCAAACACUCUGGCAUAUUACAAAUCUGUCGGAUUUAGUGGGAUCAAGAUUUUACUAAGAGCUGAAAAAGUGAAAGGAUCAGCAAAAAAUUUUUUUGAAUUGGAUUCAUCAGAAACACUUGCUGAGAAUUUAUCAGGAAAAUGUAUAGUAGAAUUUCCAAUAAUAUUUGUUGUCUUGAAGGAUCAUGCAUACAAUUUUGAAAUAAUUAAUUCAGAUGAUGAAUUUGAUAAUGAAGAAGAGGAAAUGCCAAAUGGAAAACAAGUUGACAAUGAACCAAAACAGCCUAAUGGAACUACAGAAAAUCACACUAAUGAAGAAAACUCACAACCAAGCAAUCAGAAUUCUAACAGAAAGAGACCAAGAAUGCUUCUAACAGAGAAGAUAGCCAAAGAAAAGAAGGUUGCACUAGAGAAAGAGUUAAAAGCUGAAAAAAAGAAAAGGCCCAAGAAUCUCUUGUUUACUACUGGAUAUUCCUCAGAAGAAAGUAUAGAAUGUGAUAGUGAAGAAGAAACUAAGUGACACUUAGGAUGAAAGCAAAAAUUUCUUCAUAAUGGGAAAUAUGUAUGAUUAUUAUAAGUAAGAGUAAAACAUAAUAUACUUUUGUUUUAUGUUU